UUUUUUCUAAUCAAAAAAAAUUCAACAAUUUAAAAAUAAAUUUUCUACACAAUUUUUUCGUUUUAUAAAAUUUUACAAAUAUGCUGUCUUUGAAAAAGACUGUUUCGGAUAAGCAUCGCGUUAUAGUCCAAUUGAAUAAAUCUGGCUCCCAUAAUGCCUCUCAUUCUAAGCUGACGCUGGUGCAGAUUCGAGCUACACCUGAAAUUACCGAUUCAUGCAUAGCUCUGGACUACAAUACGCUACAGGUUAACAAGAAAUCAUCAACUACGAAAAUUCUCCAUUUGCCUUCGCCCAAGGAGACGUUGAAAUUUGAUUGUGUGGCCAAUGGAUUCGAUGCCAAUACCAAAUCCGAAAUGUCCUUGAUGAUAGAUCAACUGCUAUUGAAUCAUCGUAAUUGCUGCAUGAUUCGAUGCGUAGCCGUCCUCGAAUCAUCUGCAGCCGUUCUCAACCAUUUAUUGGUCUGUGAGGUGGAUAAGCGAUUACAAAUGGCCCAACUGACCCUACGUAGUGUUGAAUGUGAAUAUUUUGAUAUACGCAAAUUUGAUAUUGUCAAUUUGCUAGGGGGAAGACACCAUAAGUCCCAGAAAUUUCUCAGCACCAUGGACUUGCAGCGGUGGUUGAAGGGAGAAUAUCAACAAUUGGUAGCCAAAUGCCAGGGUCACGAAUGUCUGGACUUUGUCUUUACCUUUAGCGAAAAGCGAGGCGUUAUGCAUCAGGUGAAAUUCUCUUACAUGCGACUGAUCGCUGCAAAAUUGGAUUCCCAAGACAAGCUGGUACUGCGCCAAAGUUUGGAGGAUAUUACAAUACGUCCAAGAGGCAUACAAUCAUCAAUGUUGCUCGAUACACUAAGAGAUUAUUUACUGCCGCAUCACGAAAUGCAAAUUUGGAUGUUUUUCGAAGUCCCUGUGCAACACAGACCCACAAAUAGUGGAGGCGAUGAUAUCAUGAUUGACAUGCUGAAAUUUGCCAAAGCAGCUUAUGCUGGUUUCCAUGCAUACAGCGCUGGCAAAAAUGGGGAAAGUUGUUGUGACAAUUAAUUUUUAUAAAUUGGAGAAAAUUUAAGACAAAAUAUAAAUUAACUAAGUUCAAAAUUACAUCUGCAGGGUGUUAAGCCCUUAGGUUUUGGAUUAAAAUCAUAUUUAAAACUCUAACGAACUGUUUUUCAAAAAAAAACAUUUUGAAAAAAAAAAAACUUUCAACAAAAUUUUAUAGAAAUCUCAGUUUUGUUUUGGAGAAAAUUGUGUUUAACCAAAUCAAUUAAGUAAACCACUCGACCGUUGACAACAUUGAAGCAUUA